UCUUUAGGACAGCGAUACGCGGUUUUGAGUAGAGGAAGUAGUCCAAUGAUAUUCCAAGUCGUUUCAGGAACCAGCUUCUUAGUGAAGCAGCAAAGCCUUUGAUGUUGUCUAUUUAAGCAGUUAACUGGAAAGAAAUCAACACACACCAGCUAGCUUCUUCUUCUUCUUCUUCUUGAAUCGAGUGUUCCCAGCUGCACUUAAUUACUCUAGCAGUUUUAGAGACAAGAUAUGGACUCCGGAAUUGGCUACAGAUUCCAUCCGACCGAUGAAGAAUUGGUGAAUCAUUACCUGAGGCUCAAGAUGCUUGGCUAUGAUGAUCGAGUCCAAGAGAUCCCGGAGGUUAAUGUGUUGAAUUUUGAACCUUGGCAACUGCCUGAUAUCCAGCAUCCAGAGGUGGUGAUAUCUAAUAAUUCAAAUGACCAAGUGUGGUAUUUCUUUUGCCCUCGCAAUUACAAGUACUCAAACAGCAAUCGGGCCAAUAGGACGACUAAUGCUGGAUACUGGAAGGUCACCGGCAAGGAUCGUAAAAUCAACGAGAAUGGUAUAAAAAAGACACUGGUUUUCUAUCAAGGUCGACCUAAAGGGGUCAAGACCAAUUGGAUCAUGCAUGAGUACAAUCCCACUUUCAGCUUCCAAACCCAGAGGGAUUUAGUUCUUUGCAAAUUAAAGAGGAGGCCAGAUGAUGCAGAUAUGCCAACCUUGGAAGAAGGUGGAUCGAGUACCAUGAUGGCUUCUGCUUCUGGAAAUAAUACAACAGAGGAAGAUUCCCAGCUACAUUUAUACGUGAAUUCAUUCGGUGGCAUCAAUGAGACGGAUUACGAUCUUAACACUGCAAUGCAGUGGCCGCGGUACUACUAAGAAUUUACAUGUGUAUUUGAAAGGGGUAGCUGAUGCAUGCCGUAGGCUGUUUUGGUUUCUUGUCAGAUAUGACAAGCCAACCAGCUCAAGUUGACGCAGUUAUAUUUUUUAUGUGUAUCAGAGGUGUUGUAUGAGAUUUUCUGCUUACAGUUUUAUAUGUAUUUCAUGCUUGUUUGUUUGUACCAUGUAAAACCCACAGGGGUACUUGCUUUAA